CAAUCAGCUGUUGAGAUGAUUGUUUGUUUUUCUUUGUUAAGUAUUUCAAUAAAUACAUUAGUUUUUUUUAAAUAUUAUAAGUAAUUAUGAAUGAUGCAAAAUAUUAUUCGUUGACAAAUCGGAUGCGUGAAGAAGCGCAGCUUCUUGCGGAACGAAAGUGGAUAGAAAAUGCCUUAGCGAAAAUUAGAGCUCAGCGCAAUGCUUUACAGGUUGAAAGGCUGCAGUUGGAAAGCAUGCAAAAUGAGAUAGUAAAUAAGUUACCGGCAAACCAAAAAGCAGCGAAAAACGCACCGAAGCCAACACCACUUUUUACAAAGGGAGCUGCAACUUCUGAGCCUCUUACAACAGGGAAACAUCCAUCUCAGUCGGUUCCCAGUACGCCCAUCAGAAAUUUUCUAGAGACUGAGGCUUCAUGCAACAUGGAGGCACUUGAUUUGGGUGUUACUCGAGCGCUCAACAGGGGUAGAGGAAAACCAUUUCUCAUGGAAGAAUUUGAAGAGGAUGAGGAAUUUGACAAUGAAGACCUGAUGCUGGAUAUGAACUUAUUCAUGAAUUGCACACAGCAACAGUAGCAAGACAACCUGGACAUUUAAGGCAAUUUCUGGCAUUUAAUUGCCACUCAUGGUUGGAUUUCAUACAUUAGGCUUGCUAGCAUUAAAAAUAUUUAAUUAAAUAACUAUAGCAUAAAAUAUUUAGAGUGAUAAGAUUUUGUAACUGCAUACUUACU